UUUUGACUUUUUCUUUUGACCCUUUUUUCAGUCACUGUUUGAAAUCACAAUUUUCCCAAUUUCAAAAUUUUCAGAAAAAUUGGCUCCCAAAACCAAAACCUAAAAAUAGAAAAAAAGAUUCAGCAGUUCUGUCUCUCUCACAAAAUUGAAAAAUGCGCGGCAAUCCAAAACUUGUUUUGAAAACCUAAUUAGAAUUUGGUGGGUUUUUAUUCUUUGCCCUUUCUCUCCAUCUCUCAAGCACAGUUCUGAACCCUAAAUUGAAGAUCAUGGGCGGUGGUGGCGAGCAAGAAAGUAAUGUUCGUUUAACUCGUGCAGCAUCAAAGAAAAGGGCGUCUACUUGUACUGCUUCAAACCAACCUCCACCAGCAAAUAAGAAAAGAGUUGUAUUGGGGGAGUUAACGAAUAUUGUUGUUAGUUCAAGGUCGGAUUUUGGAGGAACUCAAAAGAAACCUAAAAAUAGGUUGAAGAGAAAGGAACCAGAAAAGAAAGUUGUAGAAGAAGAAGAAAGAAGUGAUGGGAGGAAUUCUGUUGACCCACAAAUGUGUGCUCCUUAUGCAUCUGAUAUCUAUAAUUAUCUUCAUUCUAUGGAGAUUCAGAGUAAGAGAAGACCAAUCCCUGAUUACAUAGAGAAAAUACAGAAGGAUAUCACAGCAACGAUGCGAGGAGUUUUAGUUGAUUGGUUAGUCGAAGUGGCUGAGGAAUACAAACUUGUUUCAGAUACCCUUUACAUGACAGUCUCUUAUAUUGAUAGAUAUCUUUCUUCAAAUGCACUCAACAGACAGAAACUGCAGUUACUUGGAGUUUCUUGUAUGCUCAUUGCCUCAAAGUACGAAGAGAUUAGUCCUCCUCAUGUAGAAGACUUUUGUUUUAUAACAGAUAACACUUACAAUAAGGAAGAGGUAGUCAACAUGGAGACAGAGGUACUGAAGGUUCUUGAAUUUGAGAUGGGUUGUCCAACAACAAGGACUUUUCUUAGGAGGUUCACCAGGGCUACUCAAGAAAAUUGCAAAUCUCCCAACCUGCAAGUGGAGUUCUUGGGUUAUUACCUGGCAGAGCUGAGUUUACUGGACUACUCUUGUGUACAAUUCUUACCUUCAAAGCUUGCUGCCUCAGUUAUUUUUCUUACAAGAUUCACAAUCCAACCGAAACUGCAUCCUUGGAACUCAAUCCUUCAGCAGUGCUCUGGUUAUAAACCAUCUGAUUUAAAGGAUUGUGUCUUGAUUAUCCAUGAGAUACAAUCAUGUAAAAAACUGGGCAGCUUGGUAGCAGUAAGAGAUAAGUACAAACAGCAUAAGUUCAAGUGUGUGUCAACAUUGACAUCUCCCUCAGAAAUCCCAGUAGCUUAUUUUGAGGACGUUGAAAUAUGAGAAGACUGUUGUUUUGUUUCUGGACUUGAUGUAAUUAAGAACCACCAAUGGAUUCUUUGAGGAUUUGUAAAAAGCUCUUGACUGGGAUAUGAUCUGGAUGAUUUUUUCAACUGUGAACCUCUUGUGGAUUGGAAAAAAGGUAUGCUUUUUUUAAUGAUUUGGAGUUCUGGUGAACAAAAGAUAUGAUUAAGAAUAUGUAGAUACGUUGAGUGAAGUCUUGGAAGGUCAUCUCUGCCAGAAAAGCAUCUCUUGUUAAUUGUUGGAGAUAUCUCCUGGUUGAAGAAAAGAGGAUUUGGUGUUUCUAAUCGGAAACUUUUUCAGGUCAUGUUUGACGGAAAUUUUGCACUCGUACAUGUAUGACUUUAGUUCUUAGAUUAGAAUGCUAGGAUAGAAAUUGUAACUUUGUGAAGGUUAGCUCCUUCAGUUUAGAGCACCUCUGUAUUGACUCUACUUGAAUGCUUAAAUCCAACUUUCUAAUCACAGCAUUUUGUGUAUUCAUGUUGUGUUUUCUGGCGCAUUCUCUCCCAACACUUUGUUUCAGGGUUUUCUCUUUGUAUUAUAAAAGCAAUAUGUU